UUUCCUCCCACAUCUUGUUUGUGCUGAGCAAGUUAAAGCCAUUUUAUUAUUCCUACAAAAUAUAAAAAUGCCACCAAGAUACUCUGCCAGUCUUCGAGGACUUCUGACAUGGAUGUUCCUUUUACUUCAAUCAAUAUUUAUUUUAGUCUUCUUGUUCUUUUUUUCCCAUGGGUACAUACUGGAGGGAAACCUUGAUAGGUAUCCAGCAUUUCAAGAUGUGAACGUCAUUGUAAUUCUUGGAGUCGGCUUCCUGUUUGUAUUCUUAAGGAAAUAUGGAUUUAGCGGAGUUGCUUUUAAUUUUCUGAUGACAGCAGUUGGACUGCAGUGGGCCAUCAUUUUGGAUGCUUUCCUAUUUAACAAGGAUGGGGUAGUUCCAACCAUUGGUAUGACAAGCUUAACAACAGGACUAAUGAGCAUUUUUCCAGUCUUGAUCUCAUCUGGGGUCAUCCUAGGAAAAGUGAAUCCUUUGCAGCUGAUUAUUAUGACCAUCAUUGAAUUACCCAUAUUUGUAGCAAACAGAUACAUUAUGACAAAAUAUCUUAUGAUGAACGAUCAUAUAAGCAUGAUGUAUGCGCAUAUUUUUGGGGCAUAUUUUGGAAUGGCAGUGUCAUGGCCAUUGGUUCCACCAUUACCUGGUAAUGAGGCUAGUAAGCAAUAUGAAAUACCUGAAACUCUCUCAGAACUAUUUUCCAUGCUUGGAGCACUGUUUAUGUGGAUGUUCUGGCCUUCAUACAAUUCUGUGUUGCUGAAAGAUCACAUGCAGAAACAACAUGCUAUUUUUAACACUUAUUUUACACUGGCUGUCAGCACUGUUGUGGUAUUCGCUGCUUCAGCACUCUUCAAUAGAAAAGGGAAAUUUAAAAUGAUGCAGGUCCGUAAUGCUAUGCUUGCUGGUGGUGUUGCAGUUGGAUUUUCAGCUCACAUGGUUCAGUAUCCAUGGAUUACAAUGACCAUAGGUCUACUAGCUGGACUCAUUUCCACAGCUGGACUAACAUGCAUGCAGGAUACGUUAAGGAUAGUUACCAUAGUACAUGACACGUGUGGUGUUAAUUACACUUUUGGGGUGCCUGGUCUUCUUGGAGCUUUGGCCUAUGCACUUAUCAUCCUUGUGGCAGACUAUGGAUUAUUUGGAUUUCCCAUUUACCAAGCGUUGGUUGGUGUUGGUUGUAUUCUCCUAACGUUGACGCUUAGUCUGGUUGGUGGACUUCUAACAGGUUUCCUGUUGAAAUGUAAGCUUCUCAAACCCCCUAAAGAAUGGCAUUAUUUUCAUGAUCAGCCAUACUGGGAGUUUGCUCACGUGGAGUACCAUCUUUAGCAUCGAAAGACAGCAUAUGGAUA